GCACGGCACAAUUCGUUGGCGGCUGUUUCAUUUCUUCUACAAGCGUCGCGUGACCAAAGCAAGGAAAAAUAGCGUAAGCGGUCUUCAACGUUAGCAGGAAUCAUAGCAAACGUGUGAUUGCAGGUCAGUCUCUGAAAAGAAGAGAGUGUUGAUCGGAAAGCUCAGUUUUACUAGGACAACCGGAAGCAGUUAUAGAAGAAACGAAGCCGUCAGUAACUUUGCUUCGAAGUACACUGUAGCUUAGUUAGCUCGGCGUAGCAGUUCGUUUUCCGGAGUUAGCGUGAACUUAUACGAAGGCGAGUGUAGAGAGUAUCAGAAACAGGCACUACUGCACUGCGUUCACAACUUGAACUGCAUCGUCGACCAUGACAUCCCUGUUUGGUGUGCUGCUGCUGGUCACCGCCUCAUUGUGUUCCGCCCUCAUCGAGGUGCGUGGUGAGGAGCCAGGUGGCGGGCGAGCUUCUGCGUCGUCUUCGUCCAAGGGAGCUCGGACACUGGACAAGUUGAGCGGGGGCGAGUACAUCCGCGGUCUGGGCGGCCGCCGGCACCUCGACAAAAUCAGCGGCGGCGAGCUGCUGCGCUCUGCCGACGAUGCCGAGGUCCUCCGCGAGCUGAUGCUUCCCUACGCACUGAGGUCGUCCUCGACGCAUGGCUCGGAGCCUCGCCGAGGCCUGGACAAGAUCGGCGGGGGCGAGUACAUCCGCACGGCUGGGGCUUUUCCGCCUGGCGCUUCGCCGGCCAAAAGGCAAGCUGCGUUCGACUCCCUAAGCGGUCUGACGUUCGGCGGCGACCAGGGUGGCCUGCACAAGCGUGGCUACGGCCACGGCGAGUUCGACGAGAUCGACCACGCUGGAUGGCCGGGCUUCUACAAGCGCAACUUCGACGAGAUCGACAGGACCGGUUUCGAGGGCUUCUACAAGCGCUCGGCCCGGGAAGAGUGAGCGCCCGGAAGCCGGCGCGUUUUCCAUCCACUUCACCACAAUCUCCCCCGCCGUCACCUGCCCAUCAUCUUAGGCUUCUCCUACGGUCCCGGUUCCAGCGCCUCUUCAAUUCUUAGUGCUUCGUUCCCGCUCGCCAAAGCGUACCGCCACCAGACCAGGGGUUGGAACCUUCGUGCUCUCUCGCGACAGCCCAGUGAAACCAGGCAACAACGUGUGCCGCCUCUUUCAAGCCAGCGUAGGCUCAAUCAGAACGGCGUCGGCUUUGGUGCUACUUGAAGCGCCGGGCCCAACGCCAAGCACGGCCGCAGAUCCUUUUUUUUGCUCCAGGCCAUGGCCGCUAUAGCACUGUCACUUAAUAACCUCAUCGUUAGUUAUCAUUCGAUGGUUCCCUUGCGUGGUCCACGCCUUGCUCACUUCCGUUAUCGCACGUGCACUUACGAGUUCAGCGAGUCCCCGCCAUCACCUCUCCUGUCGUUGUUGCUGCGUGCACCUCCUCAUGUGCAAAUCACUCGCCGCCAACUCCCGUUUAUUUCGUAUGCAGCUGUAAACACGAGUCGCAUCACAGCUAAUGUCUAGGGACGCUGCUGCUUUAUCAGGAGUGGCAGUGUGUCGAUACGGGUCAUGUCAAAAAAGAAAAAAAAACUAGGGGUGAGGAAACGAGAAGAAUGAAAGGUUAAGAAACAACCCGGCACACAUCAGCCGGAUUCAAACAUUGUUGAACGAGAAACCAAAUUUUUCGUUGCAAUAAAAGCCUCUUUAUUCCUGUCUUGGCUGCGUGUUCUCUUU